AUGUCUGAGCACAAGGAAGACGUCGCCGGUCUUCGGACCCUCGCCUUCUGUGGAGUUGCCUUCUCGACUGUGGCGUGUUUGUUGACCAUCGUCACCGUGCCAAUGGUAUACAAUCAUGUCCAGCACGCCCAGACCCUGAUGCGCAACGAGUUGGAGUACUGCCGCAGCCGCACCGGGAACAUGUGGAAUGAGGUUGUUAGGACACAGGUAAGGCAAAAAGAAGCCGAAUUUUUACCGAAUAAUAUAGGUCCUCGCGAACGUCCAUCCUCGUGCUACUCGUCAAGUCUUCUACGACAUCUACAAAGACCCCCCAAACCUCACCUAUGGCCCGGGAACCUCUCCAGGCGGAGUCCGUGGCGGACCCACGGCCGCAGUUGGCGGAUAUUCCGCUCAAGGAGCCGGAGCCGGCGCCCCAUACCGUGCCGCCCCACAACCCUCGGCCGGAGGAUUCUCUGGAUCCGCCGGAAUUGGAGGAUUCUCUUCUGGCGCACAACAAGCCCCACCAUCCGGAGGAUGCUGCGGUUGCGGUGUCUCCCCACCCGGACCUCCAGGACCACCUGGAGCCCCCGGACAGCCAGGAAACGACGGACAGCCCGGAGCCCCCGGACAAGCCGGAGCUCCAGGACAAGGACCAACCCGUCCAGUCCAACAACAAGCCCCAUGCUUCAACUGCCCACCUGGCCCAGCCGGUCCCGCCGGUCAGGCUGGUCCCAAAGGACCUCCUGGUCAGGCCGGAGCUCCAGGACAACCCGCCCACGGAGGUGGCCAAGGACCUCCCGGGCCACCAGGACCACCCGGACCUGCUGGUCAGGCUGGACAUCCCGGAAACGCCGGACAACCAGGAGCCCCAGGAAAAGUUACUCAAGGACCACCUCAAGUUGGACCACCAGGCCCAGCCGGACCACCCGGACGCCCAGGACCCAACGGACCUCCCGGAGGCAACGGACAGCCCGGACAUCCCGGAGGACAAGGACCACCCGGAGAAGCCGGAGGAAACGGUGCUCCAGGACAGCCCGGAGGAAAAGGAAACGACGGAGCCCCAGGUCAACAGGGAGGCAAAGGCAGUUGCGACCACUGUCCGCCACCAAGGACCGCUCCCGGCUAUUAG